AUGGAGAUGCAGGAGCCGAAGGGAGCGCACGCGGUGGCGCCGCCGCCGACUGCCGUUGAGGCCGGCAAGCCUGCCGGCGUUGGUGGAGUUGUCCAGAAUGGGCCUCCGCCACCAGCACGGACAGCACAGGCGCCGGGUUCAGUGACUGACGGCGGCGUGCCCCCAAAACCAGUACCAGCACCAGCAGACAAAGCGGCAGCACCAGCAGCAGCGAGUUCAGCAACUGACCGAGAUGCCGUGCUCGCCAAGGUGGAGAUGGAGAGGAAGCUGUCGAUGGUCAAGGCGUGGGAGGAGCACGAGAGGAGCAAAGUCGACAACAGGGCUGAGCACAAGAUGUCCUCCAUCCUGUCGUGGGAGAACACCAAGAAGGCGUCGAUCGAAGCCAAGCUGCGAACACGGGAGGAGAAGCUGGAGAAGAAGAAGGCCGAGUACGCGGAGAAGAUGAGGAACCGGAUGGCGACGAUCCACAAGGAGGCGGAGGAGAAGAGGGCGUCCGUGGAGGCGAAGCGGCAGGAGGAGGUGCUCAAGUACCAGGAGACGGCGGCGAAGCACCGGUCAACAGGGACCACGCCCAAGAAGAAAUUCCUCCAGUGUUUCGGCUAAGCGACACACACAUAUUAGAUAAGUGAAUGAAUAUAUAUACCACGGUGAAGUUGUCUGCUAUAUAUAGCUAGCUAGAAGAUGUGCUCUUGGCCUUGUUUUGUUCGUUUGGUUGGAACAUGAUAAGAG